GCUUAUGAGCGCCCCAUGGUCCCACCGGCGCGGUACCAUUUUCGCGUUCGCGGAAAAACCACUUGUACUUGGCGCCGAAGUCGUUUCGAUCUAUGAAUAGAUCGCGGUUCGCUAGUCGGCAUCCAUUUCCAUCGUGCAACAGCCGCGAUCAUCGCCCGACCGGAAAGCAUCGAUCUGCCGAGGGGAAGCCGACGAUACAGCACGUGGAACUCGCGGCGACGCGGCAUGACGACCUCCAAGUCAAAUCACGGCAAGUUCACGAAGAAUCUUCGUAAUGGCUGGACUCGAAGCGGAAGACCUCAAUGAUCGACCGGGGUAGACGCGAUGUCGCAUGGGGUCACCUCGGGAAGCCAGCCACGAUGAGGAAAAGCAAGUCGAAGGGAAGCGUCAUCGACGACGUCUGCGGAUGCUCCGCUCUGUCGGCGAUCAUCCAGAAGAAAGACUUGAACUCCACUUCGGCCGCGUUCAUGCAUGUACGUGACAAUAUCGAGGAGCUGGGCAAGGUCGCCGACGAUACGGACCUGCUGUUCCUGAAGGGCCUCCUCGACAGCCCGGUCGUCACGUCCCUCGUAAAGGUCCAGGAGCGUCUCGAGGAUCCGCCAGUGCCUGUGGAACCGGUAUGCUCGUCCGUCUGUGACAUUGUCGACGAGGUGUGUCACGCCUUCCGAACGUCCAGGAAUUCGUGCGCCAGGGAGCUGGUAAAUCUUCUCAGCAGCUCGCAUCUGAGGGCACUCUUGGAGACACACGACGCAGUGGUGGAACGCAGGGAAGCACCUUGCAGUCCGGAUCCUCCCGCGCUGACAAUGCCAACGAACAAAAAGGAGGAAAUGCCGCCAAUUAGGAUGAUUGGCCUUAGGAGGCAACCGGAUGAACCAUUGGGUCUGACGGUGCAGGUCGACGAAUCUGGCAACAUGAUCAUCGCCAGGAUCCUCGGUGGCAGCACGGCAGCUCGUCAAGAGCUUCUGAGGACGGGCGAGGUAAUACUUGAGGUCAACGGCAAGAAAGUUCGAGACCCCGAGGAACUUCAGCAAGCGAUCCAGGAUGCCAAGGAAAAUCUGUCGCUAAAACUGGCUCCAGGUAUCGCUCAAGACGGAAACCGACCUCUCAAGUCCACGUGUUACAUGCGGGCUCUCUUCGAUUAUGAUCCGUCGGAGGACACGCUCCUGCCUUGUCGAGAGAUAGGCCUGCCUUUCCAGAAGGGCGAUAUUCUACAAAUCGUCGAUCAAGCCGACCCGAACUGGUGGCAGGCGCGCAGAGUGGAAGGCGAGAGCCUUGGCUCACCCGGUCUGAUUCCUUCGCUGGAAUUGGAAGAGCGUAGGAAGGCCUUUGUGCCGCCCGAGGCUGAUUUCGUCCACAAGAUUAGCAUUUGCGGCACCAGAAUAUCGAAGAAGAAAAAGAGAAAGAUGUACCAGUCCAAGUCGAACGGUGAAUUCGACGGCGCCGAGUUGCUCCUCUACGAGGAGGUCGCCCGGAUGCCGCCGUUUAGACGCAAAACUUUGGCCUUAGUCGGACCACGCGGCGUAGGUCGACGGACCCUGAAAAACAGAUUGAUCAAUAGCGACCCCGAAAAGUUCGGCACUAUUGUACCUUUCACAUCGAGACCGCCUAGAGUCCUCGAAGAGGACGGGAAAAGCUACUGGUUUACCGAUCUCGAGUCCAUGGAGACUGAUAUCAGGGAGCACAGGUUCUUGGAGCACGGCGAACACGGUGGACACCUGUACGGCACGAAAUUGGAUUCUGUGCGUGAGCUGAUAAGGGCCGGCAAGAUGUGCGUGCUCGAUUGCAGCCCGGCCGCUCUCAAGAUCCUCCAUAACAGUACGGAGUUCAUGCCUUACGUCAUAUUCAUCGCCGCGCCCGGAAUGGAGCAGCUCAAGUCUUUGUACGAUCUCGGAAGAUCAACCGGCGCCAGCAGUCGGAAUUUAACGUUCGACCGUCAGAGCUCCAUCAGGUACAGUUCGAGAAGAGCCAGGACCCUGGAAUCCCUCGCAUCCUUAUACGAGGAGGACGAUCUGAGAUCCACGUUGGAGGAGUCCGCAGCCUUGCAAAGAGCUUACGAGAAGUAUAUCGAUCAGGUGAUCGUGAACGAAGACUUCGAUCACACGUUCAGGCAGGUGGUCGCAGCUUUGGAUGCCUUAGCCACGGAGCAUCAAUGGGUGCCGGUCAAUUGGAUCUACUAAUUAAUUUCCAAGUUCACCAUACGAUGCCAGAAGAAUUAACUUGGAAAUUAAGGGCUGCCAGCUUUACGCACGAACGAAGUAUCCGUUACUGCCGACGUCGCGCUAAGAACUGCGAGAUCACAUGACGGAAUGAUUUUCCGAAUUACCAGAAUAUGGUUCGGUUUGUUGCGCAGCUAAACCAGCAAGGCACGUGUAAUCAGAGUACAAAAAAUAUUACACCUCGUGCCGCAUAUCGAGCGAUAUUGGCAUUGUCGGCCUAAAGGACUCAAGUCUCGCGAGUCUCAUUGCCGUAAUUAUAAUUAAGUACAACAUAGCGUCUACGUUAUAGUUCGUCAUAGGUUUACAAACGGCCCGUUCUGCCUAUGAAAAAUCUCAUCGAAUUGUCGUGCAUUAACGUAAAUCAUAAUGUAUAACGAAGUAAAGUUUUUUAAUAGCGCGUUCGCCUUUGAAGCAUCAGAAUGGCAAUGAGGAUGGAAGAGAGCCUGUUUAAGGGGACGGAGAAAACAAUAUUCUUUUAUAACGAAUAAAGUAUCGUAUCGCACGUUACAUUUUUUACUGCCAAUUUCUACAACGACUAAUUAAACAAUAACGGGUCGAUUGAUGUGUUAGGCCGCCGUCCAGUUAAUUUUAGUUUGUUUUUACUUUAGUUUAGUUUACGAUAACCGCGUACAUUAUAUGAUUAUUUACCAGUACCAAUCGAGUAUGCGUUCAUUAUGUCGUAUCCCGUUUGCAUUCUAUUUCGUGUCUCGCAUUUUACUGCUCAUUUUAUACACGCUAAGCAUAUUCCUGGCAUAGAGUGCCUUAAUAGCGCAAGCCCGUAAUCGGGUCGUUGCGAAGACCUACUAUGUCGAGACAGACUCUGCAUUCGAAUUUUGCGUAAAACUAACAUUUUUUAACGCUCUUACGAACAACAAGUAACAUGCAUACAGACACACAUAUGUAUACGUAUAUACGUAUACAUGCUCGCGCGCGCAGAUGUUUAUAGAGGAUAACUAUAUUUUAAUCUACAAAUGAUUGAAAUGGAUCACAUCUUUUCAUGUACGUAAGAAAAAAAAACCAAAUAUAACUGUAUAUUGAACUACCGAGACACCUGUCGAAAAAAGCAACGUGAUACACAACAUGGAAUAAAGUUUAUUGAGCAUUUGUUAUGAAUUAGAAAUAAAAUGAGUGGCUUAUGA